UUGGUGCGCCCAAAACUUUGGUUUUCAAAUCUGCUGACGUUAGAGGUGGGCCGUGGGUAAGCCGGGAGGUUUGAAUUUGGAGCGAUUAGGCCGAAAUAAGCAGCCAGGAGUUGCGGAGGAGAGCUAGUGACCUUCGGUUUGUGGAGCUGGUCAUCAACAUGUCUUUUCCUAAGGCGCCCCUGAAACGAUUCAAUGACCCUUCCGGUUGUGCACCGUCUCCAGGUGCUUAUGAUGUUAAAACUUCAGAAGUAUUAAAAGGACCAGUAUCAUUUCAGAAAUCACAAAGAUUUAAAAAACAAAAAGAGUCUCAACAAAAUCUUAAUGUUGACAGAGAUACUACCUUGCCUGCUUCAGCAAGAAAAGUUAAGACUUUGGGAUUAAAGAAGGAAUCGCAAAAGAAUGAUAAAGAUUUGAAGAUACUAGAAAAAGAGAUUCGUGUUCUUGUGCAAGAACGUGGUGCUCAGGACAAGCAGAUCCAAGAUCUGGAAGCUGAGUUGGAGAAGGUGGAGGCCAAGCUAAAUGCUGCAGUCAGGGAGAAAACAUCUCUCUCCGCAAGUAAUGCUUCACUAGAAAAACAGCUUAUUGAGUUAACUAGAUCUAAUGAGCUACUUAAAUCAAAGUUUUCUGAAGAUAAUAACCAGAAGACUAUGAGAAUUCUAAGCCUCGAGUUAAUGAAACUUAGAAACAAAAGAGAAACAAAGAUGAGGAAUAUGAUGGCUAAACAGGAAGGCAUGGAAGUGAAGCUGCAGGUCACUCAGAAGAAUCUGGAGGAGUCUCAGGGGAAAAUAGCACAACUUGAGGGGAAACUUGUUUCAAUAGAGAAGGAAAAGACUGAUGAAAAAUCUGAAACAGAAAAACUCUUAGAAUACAUCGAAGAAAUUAGUUGUGCAUCAGAUCAAGUGGAGAAAUACAAGCUAGAUAUUGCGCAAUUAGAAGAAAAUUUGAAAGAGAAGAAUCAUGAAGUUGUAAGCCUUAAGCAGUCUCUUGAGGAAAAUGUUGUUUUGCUUUCUAAACAAGUAGAAGACCUGAAUGCUAAGUGUCAGCUACUCGAAAAAGAAAAAGAAGACCUUGUCAACAGGGAUAGAGUACGGGAUGAAACUCUAAAUUCUGAAAUGCAAAACUUAAAGGAGAACCUUAUUCUUGAAAAACAGGAACAUGAAAAACUACGACAAAAAGAAUUACAGACUGAUUCACUUCUGCAACAAGAAAAGGAACUGUCCUCCAGUCUUCAACAGAAGCUAUGUUCCUUUCAAGAGGAAAUGAUGAAAGAGAGGAAUCUCUUUGAGGAAGAAUUAAAGCAAGCACUGGACGAGCUAGAUAAAUUACAGCAAAAAGAGGAACAAGCUGAAAGGCUAGUCAGACAGUUGGAAGAAGAAACAAAAUCUCGAGCUGAAGAACUGAAACUCCUAGAAGAGAAGCUGAAAGGGAAAGAAGCUGAACUGGAAGAAAGUAAUGCUGCUCACAGUCAAGCCACUCUGCUUUUGCAGGAGAGCUAUCAUAGUAUAGUGCAAAGCCUUGGAGAUGCUACUGCUCAAUUUGAAAGUUAUAAAGCAUUUAUGGCUCGUGAGAUAGAAGAUCUUAAAUUGGAGAACUUGUCACUUCAGGAAAAAGUGACCAGGGCUGAGAAAAGUGCAGAAGAUACUCAACAUCAGAUAUUGGCAACUGAGAAUGCAAAUCAAGAAUACGCAAGGAUGCUCCUGGAUCUGCAGACCAAAUCAGCACUUAAAGAAGCAGAAAUUAAAGAAAUCACAGUCUCUUCUCUUAAAACAAUAACUGAUUUGCAGAACCAACUCAAGCAAAAAGGUGAAGAGUUAAAGAAACAACUGGAAGAGGAAGAAGCAAGAAAAGCUGGAAAAGAAAACACAGUGGCAGAGUUAACUGAGGAAAUGAAUAAGUGGCGUCUCCUUUAUGAAGAACUAUAUAAUAAAACAAAACCUUUUCAGCUACAACUGGAUGCAUUUGAAGCAGAGAAACAGGCUUUGUUGAAUGAACAUGGUGCCGCUCAGGAACAGCUAAAUAAACUAAGAGAUUCAUAUGCUAAAUUACUGGGUCAUCAAAAUCUAAAGCAAAAAAUCAAGCAUGUUGUGAAACUGAAAGAUGAAAAUAGCCAACUCAAAUCGGAGGUGUCAAAACUCCGCUCUCAGCUCGCUAAAAGAAAACAAAGUGAGACAAAACUUCAGGAGGAAUUAAAUAAAGUUCUUGGUAUCAAACACUUUGAUCCUUCAAAGGCUUUUCUUCACGAAAGCAAAGAAAAUUUUGGUCUCAAAACACCAUUGAAAGAAGGCAAUACAAACUGCUAUUGAGCUCCUGUGGAGUUUCAAGAAUACUGCACGUGAAUGUCGGGAAGACCUGUUAAAAAUUAUUUCAUUCUUUUUAUUAUUGUUUUUGCUAUUGUUACUGUUAUUAUUAUGUUUCUAAUGAAUAUUUUUAAUGUAUUUAAUAUUAACUUCCUGUUCUUAAGUAUGUGAAGGGAAGUUCACAUACAUACAUACCAGUAUGACUUCUGACAUUUUAUUUUCUGUUGUCUGUACCUCCUCCUUGAUGCUUACCUUUAUCACCUCAUUCUAAACUUUCUCUCUGGCUUUCCAACUUUACAGCUCAUCCCAUCAAAUCAACAUUCCUUUAAAAAUUGCUGAUUAUUAUUCUCCUACUCUGAAACCUCAGAUGGUUUCAAGAUUCUAAUCCAGAGUUUUUUUAAUUCAAUACUGGAAGCCUUUUCUAAUCUGAACAUCUUAAACUGGGCAAAAACACCUCGGUCUGUUCUUGACUCUACUUUGUCUAAUAAUGUUCAUUCUGUUAUAUCCAUCAUCCAUUUGUCCAGUGCAAAUAAGAAAUAAGGGUAUGUCUAAC